AAUAUUAUGCCAUAUCCAAAACGGUGACGUCCUAUAGGCUAUUGCAGAGAAAAGAAAAAGAGACCAAUCCAGUAUCUGGGAAGGAGACAACAGACACCACGACAGCAUGAAUACCGUCGCCACUAAGGUUGCUGUAGUUGGAAGUGGAAUUUCAGGAUCAGUGUGUGCAUCAAGUCUUGCCAAGAAUGGCGUUUCUGUCACCUUGUUCGAGUCCGCUAGAGGCCCUGGUGGCCGCAUGUCCCAAAGAAGAGAAGUUUCUGAAGAUGGGAAGGAGCUGGUGUUCGACCAUGGAGCUCCAUUUUUUACUGUCAACAAUGCUGAGGUAUUGGGUCUGGUUCGUGAGUGGGAAUCAAGAGGUCUUGUUGCUGAGUGGAAACAGAAUUUUGGAUCUUUUGAUUGUAGUUCCAACAAAUUUUUCGACAUGGAACAGGAAGGAUUAACCAAAAGAUAUGUGGGUGUGCCAGGCAUGAACUCUAUAUGUAAAGCAUUAUGCCAAGAGUCUGGAGUGGAAAGGAAGUUUGGGGUGGGUGUUGGAAGGAUGGACUGGUUAGAGAGUGAGAAUUUAUGGUCUUUGACUGGUUUGGAUGGACAAAAUCUUGGUCACUUUCAGGGGGUGGUUGCUUCAGACAAAAACAUAGUUUCUCCAAGGUUUACAAGUGUAACAGGACGACCACCGCCUCUUGAUUUGAAUUUGGUUCCUGAGUUGGCAGCAAAGUUGCAAGAUAUUCCUGUUAUCCCAUGUUUUGCUCUCAUGCUAGCAUUUGCGGAGCCUCUUUCUGCAAUACCCAUAAAAGGCUUCACAAUGAUAAAUUCUGAAGUACUAAGCUGGGCUCAUUGUGACAGUAGCAAGCCAGGGCGUUCUGCUGCUAGUGAACGGUGGGUAUUGCAUUCAACAAUGGAGUAUGCAAAUAGUGUAAUUGCUCAAACGGGUCUUCAAAAGCUCUCAGAAGCAACACUGAAAAAAGUAGCUGAAGAAAUUUUCCAUGAAUUUCAGAGCACUGGACUUAGUAUUUCUCAACCCUUCUUCAAGAAAGCUCAUAGAUGGGGGAGCGCAUUUCCUGCUACAAGCAUAGCUAAAGAGGAGAAAUGCCUUUGGGAGAAGAACAAGAGGCUGGCUAUUGCUGGAGAUUUUUGUGUUAGUCCAAAUAUUGAAGGUGCCAUAGUAAGUGGCAUUGCUGCAGCAUCCAAACUUACCGAGAUGCUUAGCUGUUUAUAAGCACAGUAUCAUCAUUUAGCCAAGUACCAUGCUUACUGUCAUCUGGGUUAUUUAAAUUUUAGGUGUAUUUGCAAUUUGGUUUCGGCUUUAGUGGGAAAAUAAUUUUGAGAAACUUUAAUACAUGAUUAUAUUUCAUGAAUUUGGUGUUCA